GCUGAAGUUUGCUAAAACAACCGACUGCGUGUGCAGCUGAAAACCACGUAAACACCUCUGAGCUGAAAAAGAAGUCAAAGUCUUUUUCCAGAACUGAGCUUCGAAUAAGAACCAACACAAACCCAUCGGUUUCUACCCAGAGAGGGAGAGAGAGACCUGCUGAUCUUUAAAUAAAGAAAAAUUAAAAAAAAUAAAGAGGACAAUAAACCACACUGAAUCUUUUUUUAAGGCCCCCUGGGAACCAUGAGUUGGGACACUGACACUGUGGAUUUACUGGGUUCACAGGAGAGUUUAAGUACCAGACAGUAUGGUGACCGUUGCACAAACUGCAGUCUGUCCAAGAAGAGGUUGUCGAUAGGAGUCGGUCUGCUGAUAGUAUCCUUUCUGGCUUUGGUGACGCUUAAUCUACACAACGAUGACACGGUGCAGAGAAUUUACAUCGGCUCCAUGGGAAUCAGCAACCAGCGAUUCCUGCCAGAGCAUGAAGAUCCCAGCAGCUCAGAGUUUACUCAGCUGGCCGCUCAAGUCAGCCAACAGCUGAAACUGAUUUACUUCAAAAACUCAAUGCUGGCCAAAUACUUCAACUGCAACACCGUCCAGGCUUUCAGUGAGGGUGACAGCGGUGACGACAGCAUUGUGGUGUAUUAUGAGUCGAAGUUUGAUGUCCCCGUCCCUCAGCAAACCACUGUGGAUGAAGCCAUUGAAUCUCUGGAGCCUCCAGCAGAAAGUGAAUGGAGCCAACAGGGACAAGGGCUGCUGAAACCCAGUGACACCCUGAACAUCAGCAGCAUCAUCUCACAAGCUAUAGAUCAACGCUUGGCCAGGACCCCAUUAACUGAGAGGAUGUUCUUCGACAUCCACGUCAGAAACCCUGGAUUUGUUCAUUCUCCAGGGUUUCCCUAUUAUCUUUAUCCUCCAAAUCUCAACUUGCAGUGGAGGCUUCGUGCGGACCCGGGCCACCGAGUUAGGCUCGACUUCCACAGUCUGAUCUUGGAGGACGACUGUCAGCACGACUUCAUCAAAGCCUAUGAUUCGCUGGCUCCCAUAGAGAAACGUGCUCUGACAGAACAGUGUGGUCAUCCUCAAAAAUCAUUAUCCUUCAUCUCUGGAAACGUCAUGUUACUGACGCUGGUCACAAAUGAGGAGAACAACUUCCCUGGCUUCAAAGCAAGCUACUUCCAGAUUCCUGUGACUAAACUAAAUUGUGGUGGCACAAUGACUGAAGACAAAGGCUUGUUCUCUUCACCAUUUUUCCCCUCCAAUUACCCUCCAAGCACAUCAUGUGUGUGGAACAUCGAGGUUGCAAAGGAAAAAUUUGUGAAGGUUGACUUCAAAAAGUUCUUUGUGGGAAAUCAAAGUGAGCAUUGCCCCCAUGAUUAUGUUGACAUCAACGGUGAAAGGUUGUGUGGCAAUGGCUUAAACAGCAGAGUGAUCACCAUCAAAAGCAACAAGGUGACCAUUACGUUUAACUCGGACUCCUCCUAUGUUGACCAGGGUUUCACUGCUGAGUAUGAGGCCUUCAUCCCAACUGACUCUUGUCCGGGAAGGUUCCAGUGCAACAACUCCCUGUGCAUCAGCAAGAUUUCUCAGUGUGAUGGCUGGAACGACUGUGGAGAUAACAGCGAUGAGAUCAACUGCACAUGUGACGCAUCUCAGAUACAAUGCAAAAAUGGUCACUGUAAACCCAAAUCUUGGCUGUGUGAUGGGAUUGAUGAUUGUGGAGACAACACAGAUGAACAAAACUGCACUUGUCCAGGAAGGUUCCAGUGCAACAACACCCUGUGCAUCAGCAAGAUUUCUCAAUGUGAUGGCUGGAACGACUGUGGAGAUAAGAGCGAUGAGAUCAACUGCACUUGUCCGGGAAAGUUCAAGUGCAGCAACAACCGGUGCAUCAAGAAGACUCUGCAGUGUAACGGCAGGGAUGACUGUGGAGACAACAGUGAUGAGCUCAACUGCACUUCAGUGUGCUCAGCGUUCACCUUCCACUGCAGUAAUGGACUCUGCAUCAGUAAACUGAACCCAGAGUGUGAUGGAGUGCAGGACUGUGAGGACGGCUCUGACGAGGCUAACUGUGAUUGCGGGACGAAUCUGUACAGUAGCACUCGUAUCGUGGGAGGUCAGUCAGCUAGUGUGGGUGAGUGGCCCUGGCAAGUGAGCCUCCACUUCAAGGGGCUAGGACACGUGUGUGGAGCCUCUGUGCUGAGUGACCGCUGGCUGCUGACUGCUGCCCACUGCGUCCAAGACACUACAGUUUACAAGCUCUCUCACGCUGACCAAUGGGAGGCCUUUUUAGGCCUCCAUGUGCAGAACCAGACCAAUGAGUGGACAGUAAAGAGGGGUGUGAAGCAGAUCAUCACUCACAGGUACUACAACAGAUACACUGAAGACAAUGACAUCGCUCUGAUGGAGCUGGACACCAGAGUCAGCCUAACCCAGCACAUCAGACCCAUCUGCCUGCCUUCCUCCACCUACUACUUCCACUCAGACCAAGAGGCUUGGAUCACCGGCUGGGGGACUACCCUGCAGGGAGGUGUCUCAGCGAGUGUCCUCCAGAUGGCGGAAAUUCUGAUCUUCAGCAGUCGGUUGUGUAAUCUCCUCCUGUAUUACAGGGUCACAGAUAACAUGUUAUGUGCCGGAUUCCUUUCAGGAGGCGUGGAUACCUGUCAGGGUGACUCUGGCGGGCCCCUGUCUGUCGCCAACUCCCAUGGGCGUUUUUUCCUGGCAGGCGUGACGAGCUGGGGCAAAGGCUGUGCUCUAAGUUUCAGACCUGGUGUCUACACCCGAGUUACCAAAUACCGCAGCUGGAUAAAAGAGAAAAGUGGAGUGUAGCAGCAGGAAGCUCAGUCCCUACUGCCACCUCCUCUCCUAUCAGCUGCUCCGAUCGGCCAUCCUGGCGUGCACUGCUCUGUAGCAGGGAGGAGCUGGAUCAGGCUGUGAGGAGGGCGUGAUGGCUCUGCAGUGAUAUUUCCUGCUUCCUGAUACUGGAUUUGUAAAAAUCUUGAAUCGAGAGCGAGUCAGCACAAAUUAUUUUUUCUGCAGACAUCACAGUGCAUUGCAGUCUUUUUUUUCCUGCUUGGUGGCUGAUCUAAAGUAUACAGUGAUAGAUGAGCACACUGGGUUACUGCAUAAAAACUCCUGAGGCAGCUGGCACAAGAAGUACUGCUGGGCCUUUGAGAUUCUGCAUCUCAGAAGUCUGAACGUUUUCCAGAAUUAUAUUUUUUAAAAUUGUAUGAAACAGCAACAUAGUUUUAGCUUGCUCAAAAAAUGUAUUGUACUUAGUUUGUUUUCUUUACAUGAGAUAAAAUGUCAAAGUGUUGUUUGAUGCCAUCACUGUUCCUUUUAAUGAAGUUAAAAUAUGUUUAAUAUAUGUUCACUCUUGUUACUAAGACUUGAAUCAUGCUGUUUGGUCAGUUUGUCAUUUAUCAUGAUUUUAAUUACUUGUGAUGACUUAAAGAUUUCAUAUUUUGCUUAUUGAUUAAUUAUUGUUCUACGCUUGCUAACUUGCUAAGCUGAUUAAGUGGUUGAUUGAAUAUCUUAAAUAAGCAACAACAAACUUGCAGAUGAUGUAUUGUGAAUGUCUUUGAAACAUGUCAUCUUAAUCAAUCAUAAUGUGUUUACACUGUUUCAA